CAUUCUGUCGUUCCCCAUGAAACUAUUUGAGAUGAUUCAUGGCAGCAGCAGCAGCAGGAUGACUUAGACCUUUUGUGGGAAAAAGAAAAUCACCUCAAGAAAUAAAUUCAAUCAAAUUCUUGUUUGUGUCCCAUUGAAAGAAGUUUCCCACCUUCCACUCACUCUGGUGUUGCGCCACCAAUUCCGAAGCAAACACAAACACAAGCCCCACAUGAACUGACGCAAUUGUUUUCCCCAUCUCCUGGGUGAUCACACUCUGUGGGUAGAACGUCUUGUCUUCUACAGUGGUUGAUGUGCACACGUGCGCACAAACCACUCUUUCUGUACCGCUUGCUUUCCGUUUCUCUUCAGGAAGCUUCACUUUGUUCGCCCCCUUCAUCUGCCUUCUUUACGCAAAUGAGCCGCACCAAGUGUCUGCUUUCCAGCCCGGUGGAAAAAUGCUGAAAUGACACUAGGACCAAACCACACUCUGGCCUUUUCAAGAACAGGGUUCAAAAGGAACUGCUGCAUGUGCAGACAGCAGCAAGCCAGGACUGACAAUUUCUGCUACCUUACACAGCCAAACCCCAAAAAUCUGAAAUAUACGAACCCCCCGUGCUCACAGAACAAUCUGAAGUUUUGCUUCAAGGAUCGACCUAAAAUGGAGCCAGCGGGGGAUCAUUUUGCCGAAGGGGCUGAGGGGAGUCUCAAACAGUUGGCAUCAAAGUGGUUCAUAGAGACUCAAGUGCCGCUCAUUGUCAAUAAUGGACUAUUCCCAUCUUGGUUCCUGGGCUUCAUUUCCAGACAAGAAUCCGAGGAAAUUCUCAGAGAAAAAAAGCUGGGAUCUUUCUUGAUACGUCUCAGUGAUAAGACUAUUGGAUACAUACUGUCAUAUAAAGGUCGAGAUCGGUGUCGGCACUUUGUGAUCAGCCAAAGAGAGACGGGACAGUUUGGGGUGUGUGGAGACACUGAGGAACACAACACCAUGCCUGAACUCCUCGAGUACUACAAAACCAGUCCCAUCGAGCCUUUUGGAGAAUAUCUGACAUCCUCGUGCUUUGAGGUCCUCAAUGAGGAGUUGUAUGAUAUCAUUCAGGUUAGUCCGAAGCAAAAAAGAAUGUUUGCUCUCAAAGCUGAAAAGAAGGUGAAGAAGCCACAAAGUGACUCAGCUGCAGAGACGCAACCGACUCGUCCACCGAAGAACAACAGAACUCAAGAGGAACUGCCCCCUCUGCCCCUGAGGACCAGGCACCUCGACACCAGCACCAUCAGCGACCAAAGCGGGAUUCUUUAUGCUCAGCUCAGGAAGCAAACGCCCAGAGAUGGAAACAGAUCCCAGCAACUUUCUCUGGACGGUUUACCUCAUGCCAACCCCAGAAAAUCUGAAAGUUCUACUUCUGUGGAUCAGAGCGGUUCGUCUUUAAACCCAGAAUCGGUUUACUCCGAGCUCAGUCUGCUGGACGCCAAGAGCAGGUCUCUGCCUCAGCUGGUGAGCAGCUCCGACGGCGAGCAGGCGAACCGACUGACUGCUCCUCCUCAAACCCCUCCAAGACUUUCUCCUAAACCCAUCAGACAGGCGGGGAGUUGCUCCCCACAGCCCGGCAGGACAGAAGGCAGACCAAACCUGGACUGCACGGGCGACACCGCCGUUUAUCACCUGGUCGGCAGACCCGACAACCGCAGCCCAACACCUUCUCACUACAGAUCUGCGACACCAGAGCAGGACGAUGAAAGCGUGUACGCAGAGGUGACCAGUGAAGCUCCCGACAGCACCUACGAGCCCCUUCCAGGCCACACAGAGCCAGGAAAACCCGAGCACAUCACUUAUGCGCCUGUGGAGGACAAAAGACGCAAACAAAACUACAAUUCCUGGGGAUUAAAGAAUGACAAAUGGAAAUGGUUCUUCGCAGAUGGAAAAAAGAAACAGUGAAGAUGCCUCCUUGCAGGCCAACAUGGAAAUCGUUCAUCCACUUGACUCACUUGACACUACCCUGGAACUCACUAAUUUGCAGCUUCAUAUUCAGCUUUUACAACAGAAUUCCUGUAAUUUUGCUUGAAAUGUAUGUAUUAAACAUUAAGGAAACAACAGAUUGAAUCUGUGAAAAACAAUCUGUCUUAUUUAAUAAACUCUUCACUUGUUUCAAA